UUAACUAGAAAGAACCAUAAAUGGCAGAAAAAAAGGAAUCCAAUAAUAGUGAAGAUGGAAGGUGGACUCUUCAAGGGAAAACUGCCCUUGUUACUGGAGGCACUAAAGGCAUAGGGCAUGCCAUAGUAGAAGAAUUAGCUGGAUUUGGUGCUACAGUUUAUACAUGUUGUAGAAACCAAGAACAACUUGAUGAGUGUUUAGAGAAAUGGAGAGGCAAAGGUUACAAAGUAGAAGGAUGUGUAUGUGAUUUGACUUUGAGACCCCAAAGAGAGAUGCUUAUGGAGAAGGUUAUCAAUUUUUUCCAAGGAAAGCUCAACAUUCUAAUAAAUAAUGCAGGUAUACUAAUAGUUAAGCCAGCUACUGAGUUCACUGAGGAUGAUUACUCUAUUAUCAUGAAAACCAAUUUUGAAGCUUCUCAUCACAUCUCCCAAAUUGCACACCCAAUUUUGAAGGCUUCAGAAAGUGGAAACAUUGUCUUCAUCUCUUCUGUUGCUGGGCUUGUGGCAUUGCCAACAAAUUCCAUCUAUGCAGCAACUAAAGGAGCAAUGAAUCAACUUACAAGGAACUUGGCUUACGAAUGGGCUAAAGAUAAUAUUCGAGUGAACGCAGUAGCACCUUGGAUUAUCAACACACCCCUCAUCGAAGCAGCGAAGAAAAAUCCAUUAACUAAAGAACAUGUCGAAAAAAGUAUUAGUAGAACACCAAUUUGUAGAGCUGGUGAACCAAAAGAAGUUUCAGCAAUGGUGGCAUUUCUUUGUUUCCCUGCUGCUUCAUAUAUUACUGGUCAAGUUAUAUGUGUUGAUGGUGGACUCACAAUUAAUGGUUCUUUUUAACUAUUUUAUUUUAUGUGUUAAA